AUGGAGUUUAAUCCAGGCUUGUGAGCUGUUACACUUCAGUAGGAUCAACCACGAUGGGUCUUACACAAUGAAGGGUUCGGUACUAAGGGGUGCGGUAGGACAAAGGCAUCCGGGAAUACGGGUCCACAAUUCAUUGAAAGUGGCAGCUCACCUAGAUAAGGUAGAAAAGAAAUCUUUGGCACAUUGGCCUUCAUAAAUUAAAGGAUUCAGUACAGAGCUGUUCCUGUAAUAAGAUGGUUAUGAAGCCUACUUGGUUGCAAAGAAAGAAAAAAGGAGAGAUCCACACGGAAAUCUGGACAGAAAGGUUGUUUGUUUUCCUCUUUAGGGUUGCUACAUUGACCCCACUCCCGCCUCCUCCCGCUCUCAGACCCGUCCUGAGCCGGUGAGAGUUAGUGUGACCCAGACUGCGGCAGUCCCGCUCUACCCCGGCUCACCCGGUCCUGUCCAUCUGUAAUGAGCGACGGACACAUCACAGCCGAGUGGCCUCGGGAGCAGCAGCUCAGACUCAACUCUUCGUACAGGGUGAGGACACACAGUGCAGGACCAUUGUCGAUCACCCGGGAUGUCAGAAUGUGAUUUGCUGGGACCACACUGAACGCUGUCUGGUUAAACAUCAGAGAACCCGUAACACAGCCUCACUGGGACAGGGUGGUAACAGAACCUGGAGCCGCGGUACAGGGUCAUCACCAGCAGGUUGUGCUGUCCAGCACCGGGACCAAAGUGUGAACAAGACGAAGACAAUCAACAAUCGUCAGUCAGAAUCAGAAUGGACAAAGGUAGGAAAUCGAAACGAGUAGGGAAAGUACUGAAGAGGUUUUUAUCAGGCAGCUCAUCGGGGAAAGAUGAUCGGGACACGAGAAGAAAGGUACCAAAGCAGGGUCAGAUUGAGAGCAAUGUCCCAAUGGAAUGCGGUCCAACUGCAGCAGAAGUGGGGCAAAUUCAGCCCACAGACAGUGACGUCAGAGACGCUGAUCCGGUCCCUGGAACCAGCACAAGUGGGGUGACUGCCUGUCAGCUCGAAAGCUCAUUAAACACAGAAUUGUCAAGUCUCAAACAAACAGGGCCAGAGUUUACAAUCUCUGACCUCCUGGCACAGGGGGAGGAAUAUCGACUGUACCAACUGACAAAGUUCUACCGGGAGAGACUCCAACAAGCGAUUGAAGAAAAGGUUGAAAGACUCGGUUGGAUGUUGACAAAGGAGGGACAUUUCAGUAGAGAAGAAAAUGAGAAAGUUACGGAGCUGACAGAGAAAGGAAACCGGGCAGAGAGUUCCACAAUCUUCCUCAGUUUGGUGAUGGGCAAAGGCUCCCGGGCCCGGAGGGCAAUGUGGGAAUCCUUUCUGAUGUGGAGGACUGAGUUACCGAAGUUGGACAGAAUACUGAGGGAAAUACAGGAACUCGGUCCUGAUCAACAAGAAUACAUGAACAUCGCUCAAGGGUUAUCUGAGUUAUCCACUCAACUGAUAGAUGUUCAACAGAAACACAAGGAGACUCUGCGGGCACAAACUGAAACACUGAGAGUGAACACGAUCCUGAUGACGGAGAAGGUGAAGGUUUUCCAGCUGGUUGAUCGAUACGCUGAGCUCACGGUCAUUUCUACUGUUCGAGAUUGGAGACUGGUGGAACAUGAGCUGCUGGCAAGAGGCAGAGACCACGAGGAGUGGAGAGAGAAACAUCUCCGUGGAGAACUGGAAAAAAUCCAGACUGAUCAGUUAUUCCAGAGAAGUUUCUCCCGGAGUAAAUCCAAAUCAGGUAGAUCGGCAGGAGUAGCCGGUGUCCCGGGGAUCGGGAAAACAACAAUGGUACAAAGGAUUGUUUAUGACUGGGCCACGGGGAAAAUAUACCAACAAUUCCAGUUUGUCUUCAGUUUCAAGUUUCGAGAUUUAAACUCUAUUAAUUGCAGAAUUAACCUGAGCGAACUGAUUCUGGAUCAAUAUCCUUACUUUGGGAAUUUACUGAGAGAGAUCUGGAAGAACCCAGAGGGAUUGCUGUUUAUAUUCGACGGUUUGGAUGAAUUCAAACACAACAUCGAUUUUGCUGACAGUCGGAGAGACACAGAACCCAUGCACCAGUGCCCAGAUCCCGAGUCGUGGUGUGAAGUGUCUGACAUUGUGUACAGUUUAAUCCAGGGCAAGCUGCUCGAAGGGUGUUCAGUGCUGGUGACCACUCGCCCCACUGCAUUACAUUUAUUGGAAAAGGCAAAGAUUGGGAUCUGGGCUGAAAUCCUCGGAUUUGUUAGUGAGGAACGGAAGGAAUAUUUCAUCAGGCAUUUUGAAGAUCAGACAGUGGCGGAAGCUGUUUUCAAACACGUGAAGGAGAACGAGAUACUGUACACCAUGAGCUACAACCCCUCCUACUGCUGGAUCCUCGCUCUGACACUGGGCCCUUUCUUCACACAAAGAGUCAGGGACCGGCAGCGAGUUCCCAAGACCAUCACCCAACUGUACUCCUACUAUAUUUACAACAUCCUGAAAAACCACGGCCGUGAGAUUGAGAACCCCCGUGAAGUGUUACUCAGGGUUGGUCAGAUGGCCUUCAGAGGAGUGUCCGAGAAGAAGAUUGUGUUUACAGAUGGAGAUUUGAUCAAGUACAAUCUGCAGCCUUCCCAGUUCCUGUCCGGGUUCCUGAUGGAGCUUUUGGAGAGAGAGGAUUCUGCCCACUGUGUGGUGUACACAUUCCCACACCUCACCAUCCAAGAGUUUGUAGCUGCUGUCGCACAAUUCCUGAAUCCCCAUCUUGGGGAUAUUCUGAUAUUCCUCACUGAAGCCCACAACACAAAAGAUGGGCGAUUUGAUGUACUUCUCCGUUUUGUUGCUGGUCUUUCCAACCCAAUGACAGCUCGGGGUCUGGAGGAGUUUCUGGGUCCAUUUCCUCAUGAAACAACCUGCCGGGUGAUUGACUGGGUGAAGGAGGAGGUUAAACGCCAGAGUAGAAACACGAGGAGUGAAGCUGGUAAAAGGAGCCUCCUGAAAACAUUGCACUACCUGUUUGAGUCUCAGAAUCGUGGACUGGCUCAGGCUGCUCUGGGAUCUGUGGAAACACUUUCAUUCAGUGGAAUGACAUUGACCCCGAUUGACUGCACGGUCCUGUCUCAUGUCAUCGGACUCUGUGAUACAAUAAAACAGCUCGACCUGGAGAAAUGCCACAUUCAGUGUGAGGGAAUACAGCGGCUGGGGCCCGGGCUGCACAAGUGCCAGGAGUUGAGCCUUGGGGAGAAUAAAAUAGGAGAUUCAGGAGUGAAACUGGUGUCUGCGGCUCUGAGGAACCCGAAGUGUAAAAUACAGAAACUGGGGCUGUACCGUGUCGGUCUCACAGAUUCUGGUGCCGAGGAUCUCGUCUCCGCUCUCAGUACAAACCCAUCACUGACGGAGCUGAACCUGAGUGGUAAUGAACUGGAAGAUUCAGGAGUGAAACAGGUGUCUGCGGCUCUGAGGAACCCGGAGUGUAAAAUACAGAAACUGCGGCUCGGGAAUGUCGGUCUGACAGAUUCUGGUGCAGAGGAUCUCGUCUCCGCUCUCAGUACAAACCCUUCACUGAUGGAGCUGGACCUGAGUGAUAAUAAACUGGGAGAUUCAGGAGUGAAACUGGUGUCUGCAGCUCUGAGGAACCCAGAGUGUAAAAUACAGAAACUGGAGCUGUACCGUAUUGGUCUCACAGGUUCUGGUGCUGGGGAUCUCGCCUCUGCUCUCAGUACAAACCCAUCACUGACGGAGCUGAACCUGAGUGGUAAUGAACUGGGAGAUUCAGGAGUGCAACUGGUGUCUGCGGCUCUGAGGAACCCGGUGUGUAAAAUACAGAAACUGCGGCUGAAAGAUGUCGGUCUCACAGAUUCUGGUGCCGAGGAUCUCGCCUCCGCUCUCAGUACAAACCCAUCACUGACGGAGCUGUACCUGGGUGGUAAUAAACUGGGAGAUUCAGGAGUGAAACUGGUGUCUGCGGCUCUGAGGAACCCGGAGUGUAAAAUGCAGAAACUGCGGCUCGGGUAUGUCGGUCUCACAGAUUCUGGUGCUGAGGAACUCGCCUCCGCUCUCAGUACCAACCCAUCACUGACAGAGCUGGGCCUGAGAUGGAACUCGCUCACAGACCGAUCUGUCCCCGCUCUCCACCGCCUCAUACUGACCCUGUCAAGUCUGGAGUGGAUCGAGCUGUUCGGGAAUCGGUUCAGUGAGACCGGAAAGAAGGAACUGAGAUCUCUGCAGGGAGUCAGACCCGGACUGAGAGUGACCGUGUGAAUAUCUGAAUGUUUGAACAUCCCCACUCGAGGGAUGGGACAUGUUGGCCGAUUCCCCACCGUCCCCUUUAACUCCCUCCCUCCCCUUAAACUUCCAUCCCGCCCGUUAACUGCCGCCCUUACCUUUAAUUGCCGUUCGCCAGGUUUAAUUCCCAACGGGACUGGCUCCAGUUGUCUUCCUGUAAUGACGUAUUUCGACCUGUUAUCCAGUGGCACAGCUUCUGCCGGAUAUGUGGGUUCGAGACUCCCCCAUGUGAUACCCGGGAAAGUACACAGACGGAAGAACCCGGGGACCGGGGCUCAGUCUGGGACACCGGUGUCCCGGGGUGGGGGGGAUGGUCCCGGGAGAGAAUCCUUUUGCCCCCUUUGCUGAGGACGGUGCAUUCGGCAGCCUGGCCGAUAUAAUGAUGUUAAAUUGACAAAUCCCUCGGCAGUGACCCUGGAUCUGCAGCGAUCCCGGACACAGUCCUGAAGUGUGAUUUUAUAAUCAUCGGUUCCCCGAUGCAGAGUGACAGUGAGAAACGGACUGAUUAUUC